AUGGAAGAAGGUGGCGACAAAAAGAAAGUGAUGGUGGCGAUUGAUGAGAGUGAGUGCAGUCACUACGCUCUCGAGUGGGCCCUUAACAACCUUCGAGAGUCCCUCCAAAAUUCGAAGCUUGUUAUCUUCACUGCUCAACCCCUCGCCGAUUACGGCUAUCUUUAUGCUUCCUCAUACGGAGCUGCCCCUGCUGAGUUGGUUACAUCGGUGCAAGAAAAUCACAAAAGGGUUGCCGAGGCUCUGUUGGCUAAAGCAAAGGAAGUCUGCAGUCAAGUAUCUGCCGACACGUUUACGCAAGUCGGGGAACCAAAGGAGGCGAUAUGCGAAGCUGUGGAACAGCAUAACCCACAAUUACUUGUCCUUGGCAGUCAUGGCCGCAGAGCUUUACAGAGGGCGUUUCUUGGAAGUGUUAGCAAUUAUUGCGUCCACAAUGCCAAAUGCCCUGUUCUUGUCGUGAGGAAAAAGGAAGUGGAAGAAGUUCUCACCCGGGACGAGUUCAGCCCAGCCUAUGUGCUGCUUAACCGCUGCUAUGGCGGGCUUCUACCAGGCAUGUUCAUUAGGCUCCUUUGGAUUGCCCUCCCAACCAUUGGGGUCAGAAUCAAGAAAAGAAGCCAGGUCGUCCUCAUGCCCUUUAGGCUCGUGCUCGGCCAUUGUCGCGACCAGUCGGCUCAGUUGAGCCCACAGUUGAGACGCACCCUCUACCUCAACACGAAGCUCGGUCUGAAGACCAGUUAG